AAACCCGCUCUAAACUCCGUCCUUCUCUUUGGUUUCUGACCCUUGUUUUGUCAAUAUUGAGCACAUAUUGCAUACACUAUCUUAUACUACUAGCUCUCCUACUGUACAGGAUUGCCUCCAAUAUACUCUCAAUGAAGGGUCAGCCAUGAAGGUGAGGCGGAUCAAAUAAUAGCAAAGGCAUGGAGAGAACACGGGUCGCCAAGGUUGACGAUGUGACCUUGGCGCGUCGUGGUGAACAAGUCGUUGGCAACCUCCACCUCACCCCUCACCACAUUAUCUUCUCCCACCUUCCCCCGACUCCCAACAACGUGCAAACUCAGGAUACGCCCACAAGGCCGAAAGAGCUUUGGAUAACCUAUCCGAUAAUUUCUUUCUGCACCUAUCGUCCGACUCCCGCGGCUUCCCGCCAGCCUUCUUCAAUCCGUCUGCGGUGUCGUGAUUUUGCGUUCGUGUGCUUCUAUUUCGCUAGUGAAUCCAAGGCGCGUGAUGUAUACGAAUGCAUUAAGGGAUGGACAUGCAAAGUGGGCCGGAUCGAUAAACUCUAUGCAUUUACCUACCAGCCGCCUCCCCCGGAGCGUGAGCUCAACGGUUGGGAGCUGUACAACCCACGUAAAGAGUGGGCUAGGCAAGGUGUGGACCAGGAAGGCCAUGGAUGGCGUAUAUCUCAAAUAAACAUGGACUACGGGUUCUCUCCGACAUAUCCUGCGAUUUUCCCGAUCCCAUCCGCCAUUUCUGACAACACGCUCAAUUAUGCAGGACGCUAUCGUUCGAGAGCAAGGGUUCCUGUCCUGACAUAUCUUCACCCUAUUAACAAUUGCUCGAUUACCCGAAGUUCGCAGCCCCUGGUGGGUGUGCGUCAGAACCGUUCCAUUCAGGAUGAGAAAUUAUUAGCCGCGAUUUUCUCAACUUCCCGCUCAGAACGACCACUGGCCGGCAUUACUCCUGCGCAGCUUGAAAGCGAAUCUUCCAGCUCGACGCAGGGUGACAUGUCAAGUAAUCAGGCGGGAAUUACCUUAACCAACGCCGAGGAGCUGGAAGAAGAGAUGUUGGCGUUCCAAGGUGACACGGAGCAGAAGCCCCAUGUAUAUGGGGCUCAGCAGCAUAACUUGAUUGUCGACGCGCGGCCAACUGUCAACGCGUUUGCCAUGCAAGCCGUGGGCCUUGGCUCUGAAAAUAUGGACAACUAUAAGUUCGCGACGAAAGCGUACCUCGGGAUCGACAAUAUUCACGUCAUGAGGGACUCUUUGAACAAGGUAAUCGAUGCGCUAAAGGAGUCCGAUGUUACGCCUUUGGGGCCAAAUAAAGACCUCCUUGCACGCAGCGGAUGGCUGAAGCAUAUCUCUGGCAUUUUAGACGGCGCUGGCUUGAUCGCUCGUCAGGUUGGUCUUCAACACUCGCAUGUUUUGAUCCACUGCUCCGAUGGAUGGGACCGAACAAGUCAAUUGAGUGCUCUAAGUCAAGUGUGCCUUGACCCUUAUUAUCGGACCAUGGAAGGUUUUAUGGUACUGGUGGAAAAAGACUGGCUGUCUUUUGGGCACAUGUUCCGACAUCGAUCUGGUCACCUGAAUAGUGACAAAUGGUUCCAAAUCGAGAAUGAAAGAAUUGGGGGCGACUCCAACCGUGGAUUUGGCGAUUCCGGAGGGGCCGGUAAGGCUAUUGAAAACGCAUUCCUGAGCGCCAAAGGCUUCUUCAACCGGGACAAUACAAGUCGUGAUUCUCUUCCUGACUCGGAGGGAGAAAUGCAAAGCUAUGACUCUGAUAAACCCGGCCUUAAGAACCCCAGCCCGGCACCAAGAUCAGCCGGUCCGGAGAAAGAAGUAACGAAGGUGAAGGAGACAAGCCCCGUUUUCCAUCAAUUCUUGGAUGCAACCUAUCAGCUCUUACACCAGUAUCCUACACGAUUCGAGUUUAAUGAACGGUUUUUGCGACGGCUACUCUAUCACCUCUACGCCUGCCAAUUUGGCACUUUCCUCUUCAACAGCGAAAAAGAGCGCGUGGACUGGAAGGCAAAAGAGCGGACUCGGAGCGUGUGGGAUUACUUCCUCGCUCGGAGGGAACAAUUUCUCAACCCGCAGUAUGAUUCUAUCAUCGACGACCAUAAGCGCGGCAAAGAGCGUCUGAUCUUCCCUCGACUGAAUGAAGUCAAAUGGUGGAGCGAGGCAUUUGGCCGGACAGAUGCCGAAAUGAAUGGCGUUCGCUCGGCCAGUGCUACUGCGCCAAUCAGCCGCGAUACGUCCCGCGCCAGAACACCGGUCUUGACCGCGGUUGAAUCCUCUCACAGUCCGGUUGGAAACGCAGCAAAUGACCGAGAGUCCCCUAAGGCUGUCGCAGCCGAGAUGGAUGACGUGUCCUUGGGAGUGUCUGACUUGUCCUUCUCGAAGAACAAGGAAAAUGGCCAAGCUUCCAAGGCUAUCAGUCAGAUGGAAGUUGAGAUGCAAUGAGAGUCCCAUUUGCUCAAGUUUAAAAACUUUGGAAGUGACUUUUAACGAUUCGAUGUAUCUAUGGUAAUGAUCGGCCACCACUGGACUGGCCUAGAACAUGUCUAGAACUGUGAUGAGUGUGCAUGGCUAUGAAGUGCUGUUGACUUUACGUUUGCUCAUGAUGUGACCAAAGCCAACCUCCAAUUGUGAGAUGUUGAUGUACAUACGGUGUACGGAGUAAAGAUGGAGUUAUUCUUAAGAGGUGGUCCAAGCGUAUUCGAUGACAUAGCUGGGUGCCCGACGGAUCAGGCACCCCAGCGAGCAGCCCCGAAGCGCCCCGAAGUAGCAGGCGGUGUAGAGCCCUAAACCCUAAGCCCUACCGGCCAAAAAAUCCCCCACUAACGC